GAAGCACCUUCAACCUGACUUGAACAUCUACGUUUUCUAAACAUGCCUUCUCACAGGCGGCGCUCGCACUCCAGGGAUCGCUCGCGAACACCUCCCAGCGAUCGCGACCGUUCGCGCUCGCGCUCUCCAGAGCGCAGGGUAACACUUCCAGCCGGUGCAUCACCCAUCUCAGAGUCGGACUACUUCCUCAAGAAUGACGAGUUUCGGGAAUGGCUCAAGGACGAGAAGAAGAAGUAUAUGGACGAGUUGUCGAGUGACAGAGCACGAAAAUAUUUCCGCAAGUUCGUGAAGGCGUGGAACAGAGGGACGCUACCCAAACAUCUCUACAGUGGCGUAGACGCAUCCUCUGCUAGCAGUCAGACGGCAUAUCGCUGGUCCUUCGCUUCCAAGACAUCAGGUGCUGAUACUGCCGCCCUCCGGGCUGCAAGAGACGAAGUUGGCGCUGCGACACACCGCGCGACCGCUGCGAGCGGCAGCAGUCGCGUACAUGGCCCCACGUUGCCUACAGCAGCGGACAUGACCCUAGCGCGGGAGGCGGUUGAUGAAUACAAAGCUACAGAGCGCAGUCAUCAGCGCAAGCGCGAGCGGAAGGAGGCAAAGGAACGAGUCGAAGAUGUAGUUGGGCCCAAACCGGUCGGCCGGGAAGGGAUGCUGGAAAAGAAACGUGCGCAGAGGGAGAGCGACCGCACCUUCCGGGAACGCGGGGACGAGGGCCUGGAGCUCGACGAAUCCACCCUCAUGGGAGGCGGAAGUAGCUUCAAGGACGAGAUCGCCCGGCGGGACGCAGCGCGGCGGAAAUUCGAGGAGAAGCGCCAUGGGCCGAAGGACGAGCGGAUGGCUGCGGCGCGGGAGCGGGCAGACGUGAUAAGGCAGAAGGACAAGGCGACGAUGGACAUGUUCAUGCAGAUGGCGAAAGAGAAAUUCGGCUAGGUCGUCUUCUCUGUCUUCUCUUCCUAUAUGAUAUACCGUGUGUCUUGUGCUGCCAUUCUUUCAAAGCUCUCAUCUCCUCUCGUUUGGUAGUAGACCUCACAAACUUGACUGAUAGCAAUGGAUACAUCCAUUCAUUCGUUCGGUGAACCGUGAGUGUAAGGUUCAGCAACUCCAG